CUCGCUUCAACGUUCCGGCCCAGCGGGGCGGAUGCGUGGCGGGGGUGGAGGAGGGUGUGAUUCAUUCGAGAGGGACGUUUUUUAAAGGGGAAGCCGCCUCUUGCGUGCAAUCAAGGGAAGCUGAAAGACAAGGGCCAUGGCGGACGAGGAGCCUCAAGAAAGCCAGCUUUUCGGGGGUGCCUUUUCGGCUCGCCUUCCUCCUGGAAGUCUGGAUAUCAGCGAAAUGCGUCAGGUUCCUGACAACCAGGAAGCCUUUGUUCAUCCCAGCACAGAUCAGAGCAUCAUAGUGGAACUGCUGGAAUACCAAGCAGAGGUGCCGGAUGAAAACGCUGCCAGGUACCAUUUUGAAGACAUCGCGGGCAGCUCGGCCAAUUCGGAGAUUUUGAGCCAAGGUCAGUUUGCACCCGCUCUCCUGGCAUUCGAAGGCUGCAGCAGCGCCUGGCAACUCACGGGCCGCCAGGAGGUCGCUAAAUUCAACGAGGAGGCCAAAAACGAUGUGUGUGUGCAUUUAGUGCUACUCCGCCUCCCCCAGUACAGAACGGAUCUGCUUGUCACCUUCAAUGACCCCAUCUGGAUUAACCCUCUAAGUACCAGCGCUGUGCAAAAUACAGAGGUCCCCUUGGCAUUCUCUCGACCACCCUGGACAGUGGAACAUUUCCACGCUUUUGUGUGUAGCCUGCGGCUCCUGAAUCCUGAUCUGUUUGGUUAAAACAGUUCUUUUGCCUACGUUUGCCAGAAAUCCGGCGUCGCUCCGGCGCGGCUGUGAUGCAGAGCCGUUGGAUUUGGAGGCCUUCAAAUGAGCACGUCGGGUGUGGUACAUGGAUCUUUUUCCUUCAUCCCCAGACAGAGGAAAGAAGAAAUGGACACUGAAUGCCAAAGAAUGUUCUCUUGGCAAAAAGCAACCUUGGCAACCUACUAUGCUUUAGGAUUGCACUAGACCAGUGUUUUUUUCAAAUUUGGUGACUUUAAGUUGUGCGGAUCCGUGUUUUUUUUUGAAGUUGGCGACUUUAAAGAUGUGUGGCCUUCAAUUCCCAGAAUUCCCCAGCCAGCUGGCUGGGGAAUUCUGGGAGUUGAAGUCCAGACAUCUUAAAAGUCACCAACUUUGAAAAACAUUAGCAUUAGACUGUAGGCAGUAUAAUUUUACUCACCUCUCCAGCUAAUUCCUGAUGUCAUUCUACAUGUGACACAAGCAAACUGGGAUUACCUACCAUUCACUAGUUUGCAAUUUACCACUCACAAUUCUUUUUUUUACGCUUCUCAAUAAUAGGAGCACAAACCCUGAAAUAAUUGCACCUCCAACGAAUCGUCAAAGAGAUACUUUUUAUUUGGGGUAGCCGUUUAAAUUCUAGACACGUGCCGGUGACUUCCUCGCCCUUGAAUGGUUAAGAAAAGAAAGGUAAAAACCGAAGGAAAUUUGCUGCAAGCAAAACAUCUUCCUUCCUUCAAAUUCCGUUGCUUCCAAAAAGCUUUAGGCGUUUUGUCGUGAAAUUUGAGGUUGCUUCUAAGUUGAGCUUUCUCAACCGUGUUCUUGUGUGUCGAGCGACACAGAGGCAAACGUGGAGCUAGUUUAAAAAAAAAAAUCAACCUGAGAAAAUAUAGUGGGGUUUUCCCCCCCCAAAAGUGUACAAACAGUUAGAAAUCUUUGUGUGCGUGCUUUGUGUGCAUGCAUCAUCUCUUAGCACCACCAGGAAACACAGCUUACACUGUGGAUUGGAGUCCUCAAUUACAGUGAAUGCCUUUCUCCCUUUUACUUGGAUCCUUUGUGCAUCAGGCCUGCUGCUUGAUUAAAAUAAAUGCAAGCUUCAACAAAAGCUUUACCUACCUAUCUGACGUUAAAAUUCUCGUGUCCGUUUGUAACGUUUGGUGCAUUCAGGGGUGGGAUUCAGCCGGUUCGGGCAAACCGGAUGCUAAUUUUACAUCUGGUUCGCUGAACCGGUAGUUGCAAGGACCGACUGGCCCCGCCCCUCAGGAGUCUCCAUGCAGUGCCUGUGCGGCAGUUCUGGGAGGGCGAAAAACGAGCCUUCCAGAAGUUCUGGAAAUGGGCCCUUUUCCAGAGCCUGGGGAGGGUGAAAACACCCCCCAUCAUGGUGCAGGAAGCCAAGUAGGCCACACCCACCAUAGCCACACCCACCCAACAACCAGGCAGAGAACCGGUUGCUAAAAUUUUUGAAUCCUACCCCUGGGUGCGUCGAGAGGCAAGAAUUUUUGAAUCGGUGUACCUCAAAGAGGGCAGAUUCACAGAAUGUGUCCAAAAUCUUGCCCUGGCUCUUAUCAUUUUCUGGGAUGGCAAAAUGAUAUCCUUUUUGUUAGCAGCACAUCAUUUUGCAAGGAAAUCGCAGCCGGAUGUUAGAUUGAGAGAGGCAAAACCUCUCCAAAAGAAGAGAAUUCGUGGAGAUUAUUCCUUGCGAGUACACCGUGGAAACUGCCAUUUUCUGUGACUGGCCACCGAGCGGAGCGACUGGAAGUUGCGGCGCAGACUUUUACAAACGCUAAACUGAAUUGAGCCCCGUUUCUUAAAUCGGUUUCUUCCUUCGUAUAUUGGACAAGAUUUAACACCCUUCAGACCAGUCAGGUUUUACUGUAUUCCUCCGGCCAGUUUCUCCUCCUUUAAAGGACGACGACAUCAAUUUUAAUUUUUUUUUUUUGAAAUUUAAAUGUAAAAAUAUGUAGGUAGCAAAACCUUAAAUAUCUGGAUUUGGGGAACGUUAAUGAAGGAUUAAGAAUUUUUGUCUCAUGGGAAGAUGUGAAUUUAUUUCCUGUUCUCGUGAUAAGGAUGCCUUGAAGAUUAAAUGAGAAUGGUUUAUGAAGUACAAACUUCAACUCCCAGAAUUCCCCAUCUAAAAUGGGAGUUAGUCAAUAUGUUUUCCCUGACCUGUCUGGCAAUUUACCCUCUCUUCCUUUCCUUUCCUACUUUCCUGUCCUUUCCUUUCCUUCCUUU